AGAAAGUUAUAAAUAGCGUCCAGACCGUAAACUUACACAGGGAGAUCAGUAAAGCCCAGCAAUGGACCCCCAUACCAGUGCCCAGAAUGUGAUGCGAUGUGACCUGUGUGAGACUGCUGUGGUACAAAUGCACUGUGAUACAUGUCUUGUCAACCUGUGUAAGGCCUGUGUGGGAGUACACAUGGUAUCUGAUGAAUCCAAAAAACAUGAAAUUGUUAGAUUUCAGUUCAGAAAAUCCACCCUGAUCUACCCUGUCUGUAAAUUUCACCAGAAAGAACGAUGUGAAAUGUACUGUAAUCAAUGUGACAUUCAAGUAUGUAGUACCUGCAAUGCAUCUAGAAACCAUUCAGGUCAUAAUAUUCUUCAAAUGACAAAUGUUUACAAUGCUAGAAAAGAAGAAAUUGAGAAAGAAAUAGAAGAGCUAGAACAGAAUAUUUUUCCCACCUACCAAAACAUUGCCUCUGAUGUACAAAACAGAAUGAGUCAGUUAGAAAAGGAAUAUGGAGAUCUCUCAACAGCCAUAACAAAACACGGAGAGGACUGGCACAGAGAAAUUGACAAACUUGUCAAGAAACUUAAAGCUGAAGUUGAUGAGAUGAAAACUAAACACUAUGAUGCUUUGAAGACCCACAAAGAUGAAAUAAAUCAGAAAAUAACUGAUAUUUCUGAUGAAAUUCAAGCAUCUUCUAAACUACUGGAAUUAAAUGACAUCUCCCUUUUUCUUGAGUUCAAUACAAACAUACAAGAAUUCACGAAUCUUCCAGCUAAAGUCUAUAAAACUUUACCGCAUUUUACUCCAAUUCAAUAUCAGCCAGAACAACUGAUGGAACUCUUUGGGACCCUGUCAAGUCUCUCUCUGAACUCAGAUGAGCAUGGCUACAAAAUGAAGAAAUCACCAGAAGCUGGAUCCUCUCCUCCAGUCAAACAGCUGCUUGAUGAACCAGAGACUGUCACCACUAUAGACACUGGGUAUGUAUACCUUUACAAUGUGGCCUGUCUGAGUGAUGAAGAAAUCUGGACAAGUGGAGAUGACAACACCAUGGAACUUUACAGCAUCAAUCAGGGAUCAGUACUCAAGUCAAUCACAACCAAGUCAGGUGAAAUACCAUAUGACAUAACAGUGACAAAAAGUGGAGAUCUAGUUUAUACCGAUUAUUAUGAUAGAACUGUGAACAUUGUGAAGAAUGAGAAGAUAGAGGAAUUGAUCAGACUACAGAACUGGAAUUCUCGCGGUGUCUGUAGUACCUCCUCUGGUGACCUCCUGGUUAUCAUGGACAGUGAUGAUAAAAAACAAACAAAAGUUGUCCGUUACUCUGGCUCCACAGAGAAACAAACCAUUCAGUUUGAUGAUAAAGGUAAACCUCUCUAUUCAUCUGGUGUUUAUGACAGAUACAUAACUGAGAACAGGAACCUGGAUAUCUGUGUGUCUGACAGUGGAGCUAAAGCAGUAGUGGUGGUCAAUCAGGCCGGGAAACUGAGAUUCAGAUACACUGGACAUACUCCUGCUCCAGAGAACAAACCAUUCAAUCCACGAGGAAUCACAACAGACAGUCAGAGUCACAUCCUUACAGCUGAUGAUAAAAAUGAGUGUGUCCACAUCAUAGACCAGGAUGGACAGUUCCUCCAUUACAUAGACUGUGGACUGAAAAAUCCUGAAGGACUGUGUACAGAUACAAAUGACAAUCUGUUUGUUGCUCAGUAUGGAAACAUACAAAUGAUGAAAAUCAAAUAUCUGCAGUGAAAUCCAACACUGUAAUGAUGUAAGUUAGUGGAGGGCGGAUAAAAUUACGUUUCUUAAUUAUUCAAUGCAUAUUUCCAUAUCAGUGUUAGGUAGAGACAAUUUUUAACAAAUACCUUUUUAUCCCGGUACUUGUUUUAUUGUAG